CUGCCGACGAUACGGGCCCAGUGUAGCAGCGUCGGAAGCAAGAGUAUGGCGUCGAACAAUCUGAGCGCUAUUCUCCACGGCAAGAAUGAUCUUCGUCUUGAGCAGAGGCCGAUCCCAGAACCCGGAGAAAACGAGGUUCUGCUGCGUAUGGCGUGCGUCGGCAUCUGCGGCUCCGACGUCCACUACCUGACACACGGCAGGAUCGGCGACAACGCGGUCGAAGUGCCCAUGACGAUCGGCCACGAAGCUUCAGGGGUCGUCGCCAAAGUGGGGCCCGGAGUAAAGCAUCUCAAAGUGGGUGACCGAGUCGCCAUAGAGCCUGGUGUUCCGUGCCGCAAAUGCGACUUCUGUAAACAAGGCACCUACCACCUGUGUCCGGACAUCUUCUUCUGUGGUACUCCGCCUCAUAACGGAAAUCUCUCUCAGUACUACAAACACGCAGCUGAUUUCUGUUACAAGCUUCCAGACCACGUGUCUCUGGAGGAAGGCGCCCUGCUGGAGCCGCUGUCGGUGGGAGUGCACGCUUGUCGCAGGGCUGGAGUAACACUCGGCUCCACGGUCCUCGUCCUGGGAGCAGGGCCCAUUGGACUCGUCACUCUCAUAGCAGCCAAGGCAAUGGGAGCGGCGAAGGUACUCAUAACAGAUAUAAAUUCUCAUCGCCUGGAAGUAUCUAAGAAGUUUGGUGCUGACUACACAUUGCGGGUGUCUAAGGGUAUAGACGAGAAGCAGGUGGCCAACGAAAUACGAUCUAUUUUGGGAGUGGCUCCUGACGUCAGCAUUGAUUGCUGCGGCAUGGAAUCCACUGUGAUACUUGGACUGCAGGCGACGCGACAAAAUGGCGUAGUGGUGGUCGUGGGGUUGGCGGAGACGCACGCCCGCAUACCACUCAGGCCUCUCUUCUACGAGAUAGACUUACGUGGCAUCUUCCGCUACUGCAACGAAUAUCCCAUGGCCUUAGAGCUUGUCGCAUCGGGGAAAACAAAUGUCAAAGGUCUGAUUACACACAACUUCAGCAUGAAGGACACCUUGAAAGCCUUCUCGACUGCCGUUUCUGGGGAAGGAAACCCUAUCAAAAUCAUGAUCCAUUGCAACAAAGAUUAGAGCAAAAUCUCAGCAUUCAAAGUCUACAAUCUAAUUUUAAGGAAAACGUAGUAUUAGUUAUGGACAUGAAACAUUAUGAGUAACUAAUCUUAAGAAUUCGACAUGUAGUGCAUCGUCAUUUGUGAUUAUAGUAUUUGAUUCCAUGAAUAUCGUGUCGUAAUGUUAAAGAUGUUUUCUCAUUACUUAUAAUUUGCAGUGUUACUUCCCCAAUCCGGGCUAACAUAUAAUUGAACAAACGCCACGGAAUCCAA